AUGGGGCCGCCGCAGAGGCAGCAGCAGGAUCAGGCGCGGACAGCGGGGAGCGCGUGCGUGUGGGUUGUGGCGGCGCUGCUCCUCCUGGCCAUGCUGGCCGGCGGUGGGUGCCUGGUGCUCUACCUCACGCUGCCGCCGGCCAAGGUCCCGCAGUGGCUACCGGCCGCCGGGCUCGCGCUCGUCGCGCUCCCCUGGGCGUUCUGGAUCGUCACGUGUGCGUACCGGUGCUGCUGCUCGGCGAACGCGGAGGCGGAGGCGGCGGCAGGGAAUUACGUGGAGCGGCAGCCGUCGUCGAGGACGGGCGUCGCCUCCGUGGCGCCGAUGCCGAGCAGCAAGAGCCUCAAGAGCGCGCGAGCCGGCGCCAGCGCGAGGCACGCCGACGGGUCGCCCGCCGCAGGGUCCCCCACCGCAAGCAGCGGCGCGCGGCGGGUGCGGUUCGGUGACACUACUGUGCUAGGGGAGGAGCACGCCGCGGGGAAGGACCACGGCUCGUCGGUGCACUCGAACGAGAGCGAGGCGCCCCUCGCCUACUCCAUGAACUCUUCAUGA